AGCUGUGCUUGCUUCCCAUAAAGUAUUGGGUGUCCAGUGACUGCCCUGCCAAAAUACAUAUUUGACUCACUACAUCGUGAGCCAGCUCGCACUCCAGCUCAGCGUUCAGUGUGGUACAGACGCCCCGAGCCUCUCAUUCAGUUUCUUAUUUAGUUUUGCGUGGACACCCCCCGACACUAAGCAGCCAUGGAUGCCAUCAAGAAGAAGAUGCAGAUGCUCAAGCUCGACAAGGAGAAUGCCUUGGACAGGGCUGAGAAGGCCGAGACAGACAAGAAGGCAGCUGAGGACAGGAGCAAACAGCUUGACGAUGACCUGCUGGCACUGCAGAAGAAGCUGAAGUCAACUGAGGAUGAGUUGGACAAGUACUCUGAAGCCCUGAAGGAUGCCCAGGAGAAACUGGAGGUCGCUGAAAAGAAAGCCACAGAUGCUGAGGCUGAUGUAGCCUCCCUGAACAGGCGUAUCCAGCUGGUGGAGGAGGAGUUGGACCGUGCUCAGGAGCGUCUGGCCACAGCGCUGACCAAGCUGGAGGAGGCUGAGAAGGCUGCUGAUGAGAGUGAGAGAGGCAUGAAGGUUAUUGAGAACAGGGCGAUGAAGGAUGAGGAGAAGAUGGAGCUGCAGGAAAUCCAGCUGAAGGAGGCCAAACACAUUGCUGAGGAGGCUGACCGCAAAUAUGAGGAGGUGGCCCGUAAGUUGGUGAUCAUUGAGAGCGACUUGGAACGUACAGAGGAGCGCGCUGAGAUGUCUGAGAGCAAGUGCGCUGAGCUGGACGAGGAGCUGAAAACCGUGACGAACAACCUGAAGUCUCUGGAGGCUCAGGCAGAGAAGUACUCGCAGAAGGAGGACAAGUAUGAGGAGGAGAUCAAGGUUCUCACAGACAAGCUGAAGGAGGCCGAGACCCGUGCUGAGUUUGCUGAGAGAUCUGUCGCCAAGCUGGAGAAGACCAUUGAUGACCUUGAGGCUAAAUGUUUACACCCUUUACUCCAGAAGCUGGUUGAACGUCUUCAUCUCUCAUCCUUUUUCUUUACUACCCCACCACCAUCACCACCACUACUACUGCACAGUGGGGAGUCGCUGAUAUCAUCCAUUUGUCCACCUCUCAUACAGACCUCUUGAGCCCUAUUACUUUCUGUAAAAUAAACAUUCUUACAUCUAUGUCAGUCCUUCCCCUUUUCUCCUGCCCUGUUUCUUUAUUUCCAUUUGUCCCACCUUUUUUCUUUUUGGAUGUGUCUUCUGAAUUUAUUUAUUUUGUCGAGUAGCUUUUGAAUAAACUCUGAAGCUCCUCUCCCAUUCGCUGCUCCUUUUUCUCUCACACAGGAUUGUAACUUGGUAUAAUUGCAAUUUUUAGGUGGUAAGUAAUCCUGCAAAAAAGAAAACAGUUGACGUCAAGCUCAGCUUAAUUCCCUCCACCCAAAAUCAUUCAUCUUGAAUGUGGAAUAUUCAUUGGUCAUCAACUUGUUGGCUUGUUCCAGACUGUAGAGCUCAACAGGGUGAUUCCGGCCGUAAAACUCCCAUUUAUUUUCUAAAUGGAGAUUUUGAUUAUCAACCAUAAUGUUUUUGCCAUCCAAUGUAACCUUACCACAUGCUAUGAGAUUGAACAAUGUUAUAUCCCCUGUAGAAGUCUGUAUGAUAUCAACAGUGUGUUCAAAGUUGUACUACACUGUCACACCUCAAGUGUAAUAGCAAUGUCUGAUUGGUUGAGCUCGCUCUUACCAUGGAAAUGUUUUCCACAAUCGCGAAAAUCAUGUCUUCUAUGAUUGUCUAGGUUACUAUAGACUAUACUGCAUACAAGUUCUAGUCUUAAAACUUAGAAAAUUAUAAGUGUUUGGGUAAUAUGAACAUCAGCUUAUUGACAGCUUGUUAGUCCUGUAGGAAAUAACAGGAUGAUUUCUAAAUGUUGUUUAUGAUCUUUAAUGCAAACUAACACUUGUUUAAUAAUGAACUUCACUGCAGCACUAACUCUUUGUGGUCUGUACUAACCCGCCUUCUGUCUCUUUCCCUUUUCUCUUUUCUGCUUUCUGACUGACAAGACCAUCUAUACAAGCAGCUUGAGAAAAACCGCCUUCUGACCAAUGAACUGAGAGUAGCCUUAAACGAGGACUAAACUGGAGUGGGCUCUCAUCUGCUUUAAGUUUUCUGAAAAAAAGAACAUGGGCAAUUGUGUCUCUGACACACAACUUGCACUAAACCAAACAUUUCUGUCAACAAGUAGGAAGAGGAAGAUUUUCACAUUAUGCAUGAUCAAUCAGCAGAUUUAGAGGUUAACCUGACACCCUCAGUUACAGAAUGAAUUUCAUAAGUAUUCUUCUAAGUCAUUGUCAGGGCUGUAGCACAUGAAUCCGCUAGAGAUCUUUACUGCUGUUGCGGGGGGGCUGCUGCUGAUUAUGCAGACCAAAAUGUUUCAUGGACUAGAAUUCUUUCUGCGUCCCUGAACUCACCUUCAAAAACAUUCAUUACAAAUGUUCAAGCAUCAACAAAAAGUAAGAAAAGGUGUACAGCUUUACAGAGGGAACUAAACCACUCAUUUUGGUUUGGUUUCAAGUUUGAUUAGAUUAGAGGGAGUACAUUUUUAUCACUAUAAUCGUGUUUGAUCAGGGCAAUGUCAGGGUUUUAAGCAGGCUUUGCUUUAAUAUCACUGGAUUUUAGUGAUGUGGUUCUGAACCCUUUGAUGGUCUCGAUCAUUUCAGAGAAAACAUGAUAGGCUGUCACUCAAACUCUCCCUGGUAGAUCUUUAGAUAUAUUUUUCAAUAAGCAUGUCACCUAAAAAAAAAAACUCUUGAAUUCAAUAUAAUCGAAAAACUAACACAGGCGAUAGGUUCAAGUUAAAAAUCUGGCUUCUGAAAUACACUUUUAGACCCAAACCAGCUAUUGCAGAGGGAGUUUGAUUCUGUAUGUAGCGGUAAAGAUGAAGAACUGACCAUUGGCCUGUGUAGAGAUUUUCAUAUCUGUUUCUACUAGUUUCUCAUUAUUAGUGGUCAGAUUGGUGCUCAUAUUGUUUUUCUAAAGUAAUUUUUUUAAAUGAUCCAAAAUUGCAUGUUUUUUUUUUUUUGUUCUUAAUACUGAAGAUCAUAAGCAUCAUUCAAUUCCAUACAUUUGGAAGAACUUGCCUUAGGUGUUAUUUAGUCCUAAACUCAACCCAUGCAAUCAUGACUACAGCCCUGUCUUUAGCUCGAUUAUGAUAUUCAAUAUUCUUCAAAGAUAACAUUUCAAAAUGGAAGUUGAGUUUCUGGGAUUGGAUCAGGGUAUCUGAGUCGAGGGAAUGUAUUUGCUUAUUGAAUGUUAACUUAUAUAAUGGGGAAAAUAUAGAGUUUCAACUCCUCAAACUAAAGUUUGAAACAAUAUCCAACCAAAGUCUAACACGUCUAUCAACCUGGACUAGAGCUUAGUCUGCUAUAGUCUGUGCAUCUCUGCGCUGUUUGUUCUCUGAUGUUUAACUCAUGCAAUGCUAUAUUAACAGAUAAACUCGCACGUGCUCAAGAAGAAGGCCUGAAGGUAAAACAGACGCUGGAUCAGACUCUAAUGGAGAUGAUUAACAUUUGACCCAGCUUUGUUCCCCCUCCACACGAUGCUUCCUCUGCUGUGAAUAUGGCUGCCUCCCACAUACAACUGCUGCAGAUACUGUGAGGAGUUGUUUCCAUGUCUCUGAACUUGUAGUCCUGAAGAACCACACUAAACACAAUGUAGCACAGAAGCUUCUAUAGCGCCCCUCAAACUAUUCUGUUUCCCUCACACACUGCAUUCAAAGGUCAGUAACAAUUCACUGUAUAUCUCAAAUAGGUUUAUAUGUAUGGUCAAAGAAUUUGCACUUUUUGGGGGGGGAAAUCCUGCAUAUAACCAUCAUGAUCAAAGCCUUAAGUUAUGCCAAGGUUACAUAAAGGACUUUUAUUGUCAGUAGCGUAGUUGCUUGAAUGUAUUGUUUUGUUCACGCGGAGUGAGAGAAAUGUCUGCACACUGUACUCACUUCUGUUUAUUUUGAGAAACUGAUGUUUGAUUUGUCAAUCGCAUUUUAUCUUGGAAAUGUAAAGAUCAUAAAUAAAGUGAAGUAUAUUGUACUUUAA